AUGAGUUGGCGAGGAAGAUGAUAUAGACCAAGAUGAUGUUUACGACUUGCUCAGCUGAUUGGGCCUAUGCUUGAGCCCAGUGUGCCAGAGCCUCAACAAGAAGAACCACCAGCUGAAAGUCAGGAUAGUACAUCUGGUCAGAAGACAGAAGAAGAUCAGGGUGCAGCUGAGAUUCAAAUGCCUGACCUGGAAGCUGAUCUCCAGGAGCUUUCUCAGUCAAAGACUGGGGAUGAAUGCAGAGAUGGUCCUGAUGUCCAGGGGAAGAUUCUGACAAAGUCAGAGCAAUUUAAAAUGCCAGAAGGAGGGUUCCUCAUCCAGUCAAAACAAUGCAUCUGCAUCUUUGGCUUAGGGGAACUGUCAGAAGGCAGUCAGUUCAGCAUAGUCAUUGACACCAGUUCCUCAUCUUCACAAGCAAGAAUGACUUCCAUAGGUCUUCUGUGUUCAGGAGCUGGAUUGCCCCUCCUGUCCCGGCUGAUGUUGCAGCUCUGUCAGGUGUGA